GCGGGAGGUGCCCCACCUGCUGCGCUGCCCCCCACUUCCAGGGAGCCCAUUCUGCUAGGUUCCUAGGGACACGGAGUACACUGCAGGGGCGAAGCAGCCAGCAACCAGCAGCCAGCAGCCAGGGCCGGGAGAGGGGCCCCCAGUCCCUCCGCCGCCACAGCCGUGUUUGGGGUGGGGCUCGUGGACAAGUCUGCGUGGUGCCAGGCGGGUGGGAUGGAAGUCGCUGUGCCUUGGUGCCCACCCACAGCCUGAAGGCCCAGGAGAUGGCACGGGGUGUGUCACGGCGACACUGGAGCAGGCCAAGGGCUGGACGGGCUGUGAGGCCGGCGGGCUGCGGCUGAGCCUCCAGAGGCCGCUGACGCACGGAGAGGCGAGGGGAUGGGCCCCUCGGCCGGGGUAGCUUCAGCCAGCAGGAGAGCUGACCUCAGCUCUUCCUAAUGCUGCUCCAGGGCCGCUCAGACCUGGUGCCUGUCCUCUGCCCCACUGUCCCCACUGGCAGUCACCAGAAGUCAUCCAGCGCCCCCUCCCUGGCCCCUGACUCGCCUGCCUCCACCCACCGUGCUGCCCUGGAGGACCGCACCUGUCAGCCACCUCUGACCCCGAAGCAGAGCCGGAGCCCAAGCACAAGGGACCUGGCUCCCCGGCGUCCAGCGUCCAGGCCGCCGGCAGCGCAGCCUGCCGGGCAGACUUCACCCAGCGCUCGAGCCGACAGCCCGCUCAGAGCUGGGGCAGGCCUUCGCCCCAUGCCCACAGGCGGUGGGCACCAAACACCAAGAGCCCUUUCCACGCACCCCGCCCUGGAAGGAGCUUGAGCCCGGCCAGGAGCAGCACAGGGGCCCAGGAGCAGGAGGGUGACAGCCAGCUUUGAGUCCCGGAGCCACCGCCUCUCCCCUUCCCCUCGAGGACCUGAGGCCCCAUGGUUGUCCAGGACAGCGCGGAUGCCGGGGACCCCCGGAUGGGCGUGCGGCUGGAGCCCUUCCUGCACCAGGUCGGGGGCCACCUCAGCGUACUGCAGUACGACGAACACACGGUGUGCAAGCCCCUCAUCUCCCGCGAGCAGCGCUUCUAUGAGUCCCUGCCGCUGGCCAUGAAGCGGUUCACACCGCAGUACAAAGGCACUGUCACCGUGCACCUCUGGAGGGACAGCAGAGGCCACCUCAGCCUGGUGGCCCACCCCCAGAAGGAGAACCGGGAGCCCUUCAAGGUGUCCCCAGAGUCGGCAGCGGUGGCCAUGUGGCAGACGCUUCAGCAGACCACGGGCAGUGGCACCGGCGCCCACCCCCUGGGCCAGCAGCAGCACACGCAGGGGGCACACGUGCUCAAGGAGAGCCCCACCAAAGCGCUCCUGAGGUCCGAGUUCCACUUCAGCACCCAGGUCUCCUCGCUGGAAGAUGCUAACGGGAACCAGGUUGAAAGGAGGAGCUUUAACCCGUGGGGCCUGCUCUGCCACCAGGCCCACCUGAGCCGCCUGUGCGCAGAGUACCCGGAGGACAAGCGGCACCACUUCCUACUACUGGAAAACGUAGUGUCACCGUACACGCAUCCCUGCAUCCUGGACCUGAAGAUGGGGACCCGGCAGCACGGAGACGAUGCGUCGGAGGAGAAAAAGGCCCGGCACAUGAGGAAGUGCGAGCAGAGCACCUCAGCCUGCCUGGGCGUGCGCAUCUGCGGCAUGCAGGUCUAUCAAACCGAUAAGAAGCACUUUCUCUGCAAAGACAAGUACUACGGAAGGAAGCUCUCAGCAGAGGGGUUCCGACAGGCCCUCUGUCAGUUCCUGCACAACGGAGCCUGCCAGCGCACAGAGCUCCUGCAGCCCAUCCUGCACCGGCUCCAGGCCCUCCUCGCUGUCAUCAGGAGCCAGAGCUCAUACCGGUUCUACUCCAGCUCCCUCCUCAUCAUCUACGAUGGGCAGGAGCCCCUGGAAAUGACCCCGGGCGGCCAGCAUCCUCCUGAAGCUUCACCGAUGGGCCCUGCUGUCCCCCACAGGGGUCUGGCCAAGGUUGACGUCCGGAUGAUCGACUUUGCUCAUACAACAUACAAGGGCUCCUGGAAGGAGCACACCACCUACGACGGACCAGAUCCUGGCUACAUUUUUGGCUUAGAAAACCUCAUUGGGAUCCUACAGGAUAUCCAAGAGGGAGAGUGAAACUUCCUGGGACUCUCUGGGAUUUUCCAGGCUAAAGAUUAUGCAAAGGGACCUCCUGGUAGCUGGGUAGUCUAGACACCCCUUAGAUGUCUUUGUGACGAUCAGAUCUGCCUUCCACGCCAUCCCCACCCUCGGCAGACGGCAGUCACAGCUGCUUGGGCAACGCGCCCCAGAGGCAGCUCCACGCACCCUGGCGUCUCCCGCGGUGCUGCCCAUCAGUCAGCACCAGGCGUCACCGUGUGUGUGUGAGUCAGAGGCCAGCACUGCAGUCCCAGUCUGGAGCGUCUGCUUCCAGGACGGCUCCUAUUGUGCUGCAGUCCUCACAGCUGUGAGGCCCGAAACCCUGCAGAAAGAAGCCCAGAGGAACAAGUUCCUGACGACAGGAGGCUUCCACCUGUGUGGGCUGACAGAGCUAACGGACGUCCCCUACCUUCCCACCAGGAGCUGGAGGUGGGGCAGCGCAGAGCAGAACAGAUUCACUAUCUUGCCUGCUUUGUACCCAGCUCCUAACAGACAAGGCUACAUGCGGGGGCAUAGCUCAGCCAUAGAGCACGUGCUUUGCAUGCGUGAGGCCCUCGGUUCAGUGCAACAAGUAAUAAUAAUAUAAUAACCAUAAAAUAAAUAAAUGGCAGGCAUGGUGGCACACACCUGUAAUCCCAGAUU